AUGAAUAUAGAGAGUUUAUCCACAAGACCCGAUGAACAAGAAGUUUUAAUUAUUCCAUUUUCCGUUUUUAAAGUGAUGGCAAUUAAACGAAAUUAUCUUGAUGAUUCAACAGCAUCGAUUUCAAUUGAAAUUGAAUUAGAAGAAUGUGAAGAUGUUAUGGAUGAUAGUAAAGAACUAGAAAGUGACAAAGCAUCGAGAUCAUUAUCAUUGUCAUCAUCUGAUAAUGAUAUCAAAGAUACCAAAGAAUAUGUAAAAUUUAAACGGCGAAGAUAUUUUUUAUAUGGAAUCAUUGUACUUUUGAUAUUAGCUGUUCUUGUGGCCUUAGCUUUUGCAUUCAUUUUUACUUUUGCCGUUAAAAAAAAUUCUACGAAAAAUACUAUAAAUAACACAACGACUGCAUCAAAAACGAAUGAUAUUUUCGAUUACCACUUACCAGAAGGUAAAAGUUACACAAUAAAAUAA